CGAGGUCCUAAUCUGAGUUGUCUGUCUUCAAAACCUUAGGUUUUUGUUGGUUUUUUUGAACCCAAAAAGAAAAAAGUGGAGCUACUGCUUUUUUCUUUCUCCUAUUGUAUUGUUGUUGGCUUUUUUUUUGUCAUUUUGUAUUUGUCGCCCUUGCUUACAGAAAACGAUAUGAGCUGGAGAGGGGUCAAAAAAUCAAUAUCAAGACUUCCGCAUCAACUGAAAACCAGAAAUGGUGGUGAAGAUGUCACCAAAGAUUUGGAAUUUACUGAGCUGGAACAAUGCUACAAGAUACUCGUGAAGGCUGCAGAAGAGUUUCGUUUAGAAGUGAUAGCGUAUCGUGGCAGUUUGUCAAGUAUGCUCAGCUAUCAGAUGGAAUGCGCGACAGAUAUAGCCAAAGUAUGCGGAUUAAGUCCUACAAAUGAUGAAGGGCUAUCAGAGCAACCCUAUCAAGAGCACGAUGAUGCAAAAAUACCUUUCGAGACAAAACAAUGUUUGGAAGACUAUGCCACAGCUAUGGCGUACUGUAAACAAGAAGUGAUGGCUGUCCUUGAUGAUAUCGACGCGAAUGUCAUUGGACCGCUAGAUAACUUUCAUCAAAUUGCUAAAGUCAUUGACAAAACGAUUGUAAAGCGUGAGCACAAGUUAAUUGAUUACGAUCGCCACCGUCUGUCGUAUAUGAAAUAUGCUGAUAUUCAAUAUCCAACGCCCAGCGAGGAAAAAAAUUUGUUGAAAUUGCAGACGUUGUACGAUAAUGCAGCCUAUGAUUAUGACUAUUUCAAUACCAUGUUAAAGAAGGAGCUGGUUGUGUUUAUAGACUUGUUGAGAGCUGAUUUUAUGGGUCCUGUGAUGGAAAGAUUUUACAACGCGCAAUGUAGCGCAGCCGCGGGCAUCUAUGGUCGUCUCUCAGAGGUCAUCCAGCAAAAUGAAAUUGUUUUUAGCACUUUACACAUGCCAAUUGAGGAGGGGUAUAACCUAAGGUUAGCUGAGAAAAAUGCAAGAGAGGAAUUGGAUAAGCUCGACUUACUCAAAAAGGGUUUAAAACUCUGGCAACAGAAAGAUCCUAGUUUGUCAUCGCGGUACCGCAAGUCACCUUUUGAUUCACCAAGUCAAGAUGACCAGGAACCUGAUAGAGACGACCUCAAAACAGCCGAUAUUCAUCCGUGGCCGCCGUUACUCUCACAUCACAAUAGACUAUUAUCCAAUUCUUCCGAGUCAUCGACGCCUUCUUACCAUGCCACAGCUUCUUUGCUACCUUCUUCGUAUACCAAACAACAAUCACAACAGCAAAAGUUAGAAAAACGAACGUUUGCCUCUAACGCAUCUUCGCACACCUCUCUUUCUGCUGGUAUAAAAUUCACAGCGUGCUCGUCAUCACCAUUUGAUGACCAAAUUGAAGUGAAAACAAAGCAGCAAAAAGGAAUUAGUAGAAGCACUCUACGAUUUAAAAGGACCCAAGAGGGCGACCUAUCAUUUAAAGUAGGAGAUCUGAUUGAAGUAUUAGACAAGUCAGAAAAACUAAAUGCAAAUUAUGUCAGAUUGAUAUAAGCAACUGGCAUAAAUAUAAGAUCAACAAUGUGAACUGUAAGAUAAAGUUUCCUAGCAUAUAGUCUUUCAAUUGCUUACGGUUAAAAUUUCUAUUUGCUGUAUAAUAUGAACAACUUUAAAUAAACAUCGCUGAAGUCAGUUUUGGGU